AUGGCUUCUACUUCUCUUGAUGAGCAGGCUCAAUCAUCAGUGCCUGACGUAGAACUUCCACAUUAUCGGCCCCACGUUCAGGUCUUGAAUGUGGAAUCUCUAAGAGAACGGUACCCUCUUACGGGUAAUGCCCCUCCAGCAAUAGCUACUUGGAGGUGUAACUUGGCGGCUCUUUCACAACGUCGAAACCUCCUUUUCACAGCUCAUCGUGACGAGAUUUAUGUAUGGAUACCGAAAGGUCCCCGCCAGCUUCUUGGCUCCGAGCCCGCAAUGAUAAUCGAGCCGGUGCUGAAGGAACCCGAUGCCCAGGGAUACAUUGAUCAGAACAAUCCCCACGCUAUCAAUAGUAUCAUUGUAGAUGAUCUGGGUUUGAAUGAGGUCUUGCUAUUAGCAACAGACUCUGGGAAUGUGACCGGUUAUGAGGUCGAGGCCAUUUUCUCGGCAAUCAACCGGUGUAUCGCAAGCGAACUCGCCCAGCCGUUCAGUGACUAUGAAGUCAGACCUUUCUUUGCAGAAAGUGUUGAGGAAAGUGCGUGGGGCUUGGCUACUCACAAAUUCGCUCGCUUGAUUGCAGUUAGUGCGAACACAGGCAUAAUCACAGUAUUUGCCUUUGCCUUAGUGGACAGCCAAUCCGACAGUGGCCACAGCACCCUCUCAUCGAGCUCUGACACACCAAUGUCGGAUGCUUCUAAUGCCUCGGAUUCUUCCACUUGGCUAUCAAUUGACACUGCGGAACGUAUGGAGGACAUGAAGCAGACCAUGCCCAACCAUCGAAUGCGCAACCUGCGGCUCCGCUACGCGGGCCAUUUUGACAACAUACCAUGUGUUUCAUUUGCCAACUUUGACUUGGAUCCUAACGGUCUGUGGAUGAUCAGCACAGAUAUUCAUAACAGGGUUUUCAUAUGGAGGGUCUGGGAUGACCUGGCCCCCGUCCAAAUAUCCGAUUAUGCGGGGGAAAGAGAUGACAGGGGCUGGUUCGUCUUGCCCAUCAAUCCUUGCGGAGUUCAACAUCAUCUCUCAAUGCAUGAUGCAUGUGGAUGUGCACCACAGCCAAUGGUGAUCGGCGAUCAGUUGAUUUUUGACGUGACGCAAGCCGCCGCACUUGUCAAAACCACGUCCAUGAUCAAUGGAUCGCCGGAAGAUCCAGAACCAAGUGUAAUUCUGCCUGAGGAUUUCUUUUCUGAUCCAUCUAUUUGUGACCAAUCUGCACCCCUACCAUCGGACCAAGAGCGACAUAGUGCAACGCAACAAACUUAUGGGGCUAAGAACAUGAAUGACAGCGGUGAUGCGAACACUCAAUCUCUACACUCUGAGUUGCCCGAACAAUCCGGACCGUGUCGUUUUCGCGCCAAGAGUGGUGUCACGAACUUGGUUGAAGAGGCAAAUGGGCAUGAUGUACUGUGGAGUGUUCCUACGGAUGUUAGGGAUGUUCGUGAAUACGAGAUAUCUCAUCCUGUCAAUUCCCCCUUUUUUCCUGUUCUCCACUGCUCUCAACGUCAAAUCACUCUAGAUCCUUAUCCGAUGGACAGCGACGGUCCGCGAUCAGUUUCUCGGAAGCCUUUUAGGUCCUUAACAGACGUAUGCGAGACAGUCCUCUGUGACCGCAUCAAUAUGGUCAAGUACUUCCCAGAUUCUGGCAUCGUCGUUGCAGCGACUCAAUCUGGUGCAGCGGCCAUCAUCACUCUUACGUGGCAGAAGGAAGUUGGCCAUAGCUUCCGACUCGACUGGUUACUCCCUUUCUUCUCCCAGGAGAGGGAAGACAACACCCCCUCCCCGCCUCUCAUGGGUAUUGCAGCAGCCCCCAUGCCUGGAUUUGAGAAGCCGCAGGACGUACCCUGCAUCCCCCGGGAUGUCAAUCCCAGCGAUCCGGUCCAAUUCAAAUGGCGGAUGCUGCAUCCCGAGGAAGAUGGGCCAUACGAACCAGAGCCACUUGAGGGCAACGUUGCUAAUUCCCUGGAUGGGGAUUCCAGCACGGGAACCAAAGUGAAGGCUAAGGAGUGGACACUUCCUGAGAUCCACGCUCAUGCCUCCGGCAUUUAUCGUCCCCACGAGAGCUGGCAUGGUGUCACCCCCUCGCGCCAUUACAGGCUGCUUCUGCUCUUCUACGACCACUCCGUCAUGAGCUACGAGUUCUGGUAUGACUGGAGGGCGUAA